GAGCCCUAAACCCUACUCGAACCAAACCAGAGCAGCCUCCACCGCCAGCGCCGACAGCUCGUGUUCGACCUUGCGCACUUCUCCGCCCAUGGCUGAACCCGAGGUAGGGGUGGCCGCAGACACAGCGAUGGAAACCGAAGCUCCUGAAGCAGCCGGUCAGAAGAGGGAACGGGAUGAAGUAGGUGAUCCUGCUGCUGAAGGAGGCGAGGCGGCGGUGGAGGAAGCGGCGGCGGCUAAGAAGCCGAAGUUGGAGGAGGAGACUAAGGAGGUAGAGGAGGCGUCGGAGGAGAAGGCAGAGGAGACGGCGGAGGGGAAGACAGAGGAGGCGAAUGAGAAGACAGUGGAGGCGGAGCGCAAGCCAGUGAAGCUGGGGCCAAAAGAGUUCUCCUCAUCCGUCGAGAUGUUCGACUACUUCUUCGGUCUGCUUCACUACUGGACGCCGCAGAUUGAGUUCAAUAAGUAUGAACAAAUGGUGCUGGAGGAUUUGCUGAAGAAAGGCCACGCGGAACCUGCUAAGAAGAUCGGGGCAGGAGUCGAAGCAUUCGAGAUACGCAACCACCCGGUGUGGCAAAGCCGCUGCUUCUUUAUCCGCAGGAUCGAUGGAUCCUCGGAUGACUUCAGCUUCCGCAAGUGUGUGGACAACAUACUGCCUCUCCCUGAGGACAUGAAGGUCGGCAACGGCAAGAAGUCUGGUGGCCACCACAAGGGUGGCGGUGGCGGCGGCGGGGGUAGGGGAGGAGGCCGUGGCCGAGGCGGCUGGCGUGGUGGCCGUGGCCGGGGCAGGAGGGGAGGGUAGGAUCUUAAUUCUUAACAGGCCCUGCAAUUUUGCCCGGUUAAUAAGACACUGGUGGCCGUGGACACGAAGGCGUUUAUUAUGUGACUGUCCUGAAAGACCGAUGCCCACCUUACAACUGAUCCACGCCGAGUGCUUGCCGCGUGCUGUUCUUAAUUUGUGCCUUAUUUUUCUUCUUGUCA